GAAGUAUUAAUACUUCAUAUUAUUAAACAAAACAGUGACGUUUAUGAUGAUUGGACUGCAUCCGUUUUUUUUUGUUGUUUGUUUAUAUGAUAAAACAAAUGUCUGUGACUCGGAGGAAAUACGAGAUUUCGCACAAAGGACAGGCAAAACAAACGCGACAGCUGAUCUCUGAUAACAACGUGUUCACUGAAAACAGGCGUAGGAACAAAAACAUCGGCAAACGUUUCCCGGGAGGACUUUUUUUUUACUGAACCCGGUAACCGGAAGCUGUAAAUGGCACAGAAACAGCGUUUGGGGUUUGCUGUUGGUGAAAGCACAGUGACAGACUGAGUUCCUGCGCAGAUGGCUGCCCUAGCUGUCCGAGGGCUGGGUCUCCGAUGUCGGCAGCAGCUCCUGCCCUGUAUGCUGCUGGGGAACCGCCUCUCUGCCUCUCUCACACCCUCUCUCCUGGCUGGGACCCGUCUCCCCUGGCCGAGCUGGACCCAGCCUCGCUGCUCCCUGCACUGCAGCCCCCUCGCUCUGGCUGGACACAACAAGUGGUCCAAAGUGAAGCACAUCAAGGGACCCAAGGACUCGGCCAGGAGCCGCGUGUUCAUGAAGCUCGCCAUGAUGCUCCGACAUGCUGUGCGAGAAGGAGGAGCGAACCCAGACUUCAACACCCAGCUGGGAAACAUCAUUGAACAGUGCCGAGGUGUGAACAUGCCGAAAGCAUCCAUCGAGGCUGCGAUGAAGGGAGCGGACAAGUCCAAGGCCUCUUCGUACGCUCUGUAUGAGGCGAGGGGUCCCGGGGGCUCGUCGCUGCUCAUCGAGAUCCUGACCGACAACAACACGCGAUCCCACCAGGAGAUCAAACACAUCCUCAACAAGAAUGGGGGGGCGCUGAGUGACGGGGCGCGGCACAGUUUCCAGCGGAAGGGGGUGGUGGUGUCGGCGGGGGAGGUGCCGCUGGACCGGGCGCUGGAGCUUGCCAUCGAGGUCGGAGCCGAGGACGUGAGAGAGAUGGAGGACGAGGAGGAGAGGCCCCUGCUGCAGUUUCUCUGUGAUGUGUCGUCUCUGCGCUUGGUCCGCGAGGCGCUCCAGGCCCUGGGGGUGCAGACGCUGUCCGCGGGGCCCGAGUUUGUGGCCUGCAGCUCGGUGCAGCUCUCCGACUCGGAGCUGGAAGCUGCCUCGAAACUCCUGGAGCUGCUUAACGACUGUCAUGACGUGAUCCGAGUCUAUGACAACAUCCAGCCCCUUAGCUGACACCAGGGCUGGGGCUCGCUGGGACCCUUACACAGUGCCGAGCCAGACAGGGCAAGACAAGCAUCAGCAGGAACAUAUUUUUGCAUUCCCUGAAAGUUGUUUUAGCCGCAGUGAAAACUGCUUGCCACGUUGUCAUACACUCAAGGUUCUCAAUAUAAUUUACAGCCUGUUGUAUCUCGAGAAGCCAAAUAAAAAUGAAAGGAGUGAAACCCCUGUAAACAUACAGACUGUUUUUAUAGUCAAACAGGGCACUGCAGCUUGUGAGGACGUGAAAGCACUAUUUGCAAUUCUCUCUGUACAGUAGCGCUGUUUGUCAAUCAGACCCCCUUUUUGUUCAUUUCUUUUAUCAUCUAUUUGAUCUGGUUUUAUGCUGAAUAAAGCAUCAGUAAGCGUCUGUAA